AUGCAUGAGAGCAGCACAAAUUUGGUAGAAGGAGCAAGCAUGAAGAACAACAUUGGGAUCACAUCGUUGAAGCAGCAAUACGGUGGAGAUCAUGGAAGUAAAGAAAUGGUGCAACUUGAAGUUGAUGGAGGAGAAUUAGAUUUGCUUGAUGGGAUGUAUGAUAAGCCACUUUCAUGCCUCGACAGAACUAAAGAUUUAAGGAUCGAUGCUCGUGACAGGUUUCUCUUGGGAUUUGCCUUUCCACCACUAUGGUAUUAUGCUACAGUCCUUUACUUUGGGAACCACCUUAAAGACCCCAGGGAACGACCUGGCCUUGCAGCAUCUGCCAUUGCAGCUUUAAUUUGCUCGGUCAUCGUCGCGGUUGCUCUGCUCGUUGUUUUCUGCUUGCAGUAG